ACACUCCACCAAAAUAUCAUAACAAAAAGCUUUGGAAGAACUGACACGCUUCGAGCAACUUUCCAUUCAUAAAGUUAAGCUGAAAACUAAAAAAUUUAAAUUUUUUAAAAAAUGAGCAGUCGUACCGUGCAAAGUGCGAAAAAAAAGACAAAAGUCAAUCGCCAGAAGAGCACAAAACAAAUGAACCGUACAAAAUCCAAGCGUCGCAAGUCACGUCCUACACGCGAGUACCAAGACAAUGAACGCGAGGUGCAGGUAUUGUUGGAGAACACAAGUCUUUCAAUCGAUAGCAGUCCGCUUUCACAUCGCAAAGAUGAAUUAACACGUAGCUUGGACUUCUUUUGUCGCACCAGCGAGGAAGAGUUAAUAUCUACAUGUAGAUCAAUACAACUUAAGCAGAAGGCAACGAAAAACGAAGUCGCAGGGAGCGAAAUACGCAUUGAUGAAGGUAGCCUCGACGAAAGUAGUGUAAGAACUGAAGAGCCGGACGAGCGUGAGGACACUUUAACAAGCGCUGAGGAGACGGACAAAGCUGCGAGCAACGAACAGUCCGCUUCACCGACUUCCACACAACAGCGCGAGCACACCGCUUCCACGUACGUACAAAUUGAUGACGAAGUUUUAGUGCAACUGAGAGACGCUGAAAUUUUUCAGCAAGAUGCCACCUUACUCUUCAAACCUCAUACACAGCUGGCGCCGGAUAUAGCCUUGGCUGCAAGCAGUGUAGUGGAUGCUGAAGGAAAGCCGCAUAAAAUAUGCGCCAACACUUGUCGUAUGCUAAAUCGACAUCAAGUCGAACAACGCGCCAGGGAUGAGCCUAUAUCUAAAGCACUUGUGGAGCAGUUGACGCGCGCACAAGCAGCAGAUUUAUCAUACAUGAAAGAUCCAACCCUUUAUCGCAGCUUCAGUGCGCAUAAAUUUCAUCCCAUCUUCUGUGAGCCAACACGUCAACCGGACGAGAUACCCAACAGGAAAUUUGUGCGUAUUUACUUGAAAGAACUGCUUUUCACAACUCAUCCACAUCAACUAGAGGAGCAUAGACUGUCCAAUGCGUUGGAAGAACUUCAUGAAAAAUAUGUGCAACGUCAGCAGCAGGGCGUGUGCGAAAAGCUGCGCGCCCAACUACAAGCAGAGCGUCAUGUUGUCAACGCAUUGCUGCAGCGGGAGUCCUAUAAUAGCGACGCGCAGGAAUCGGCGCGCUCAGUUGAGCGACGUGCGCGCAAAUUAGAAAAUCAACUGCUCAAUGUACGCGCGCUGCGCAAUCAACUCUACGAUGAGGAGGCGCAAAGCAAGCGAUUGUUGAAGGAGAUACUCGACACCUGGAAGCGCUUAAAGCAAUUAAGAAAAACGCAAGAUUUUCAGUGCACACGUUUCAAGUUACGCAUAUAUGUGCAAGAUGAGGAUAAUUCCGCGGUGGAGGCUCAUCGUUGGUCGGAGCGCUUUGAAACGGACCUGAAUGAGAUUUAUCGCGAGGAGUUAGAGAUUUACUAUCGAGCAAAACGGUUGUGGAAGGCACGUGAUCGGCGUAUGGAUAUAACAGAGCUACCGCUCAAGCCACGCAAGCCGGAUAUUACACAGCUCUCAAAGGAGUUGCGCGCCAAGUUGGCGGCAUGUUUGGGCGCACAUGGUGAGCCAAGAAUCGAUGUGCAGUUACAUCGCGUUUGCGACGAUGAGUUUUACAAUCUGCCCGGCCUGAAGCGUCUAAAGAGUUUCUUUAUGAAAAUCUAUUUUGAUGGUGAUUUUGUGAGCGCGACGCGCAGUUAUCGCAUUGAGCCCGAUUUGCGUAUACCGAUGAACGAGGUAUUUGGCGUGUUUUUGGAGCGGCGCAUGCCGAAGGACAUACGUGUGUCGCUCUUUGAGAAGUUUCGUCUACACACGGCGCGCAAAGUCGCCGACAUACAAGUGCCAAUACCGCUUGCGCUGCACACCGUUAAUAGCGAGCAACAACGCAUAACUUUUACAACGCAAAAGCCCAUAUGUGUCAGUGGCCGUCUGACUAUACGAUUUCAAUGUGAGGAGCAAAACAAUUCGAGCACACGCUGGCAAAUUCCAACUGCCACGCCUGUCGCUUCACCAACGGCUUCACUUCAAAGUUCCCAAGCGCAAGCUCGAGAGCAGCAUGCCGAACAACUACUUGCCCAGCUGGACGAAGAUGCGCAGCAGACGGAGGACGAAAGUACAUUAAGUGAUGCGACUGAAAUUGAAGAGCCGUCAGCACAUAGGUCGCUGGACACGUGCACCUUCGAAGAGGAGCUGCUACAGUUUUGUCCCAUCAAAGAGCUGGAGAACAAUCGCCGCUUCAAAUUGUUACACUCGCGUUAUAUGAAAAAUGAUGUACGCACACGUGAUCUGCGUUUCGUUGCCGCGCUGGAAAAUGAACUCGAAUUCGAUUGGUCUGAUAAGGAGGAGGCGGUUAUCGAAGCGGGCGAUUGGAUGGAUGCUAUAGACUUGCACAAACAUGAGGGUAAGAAGUAUCUGAGGCAGCUCUACGAAGCGAUACGCAGUCAAUGUGCGCGCUUGAAUGUAGCAGCGGCAAGCGCGGAAGAGCUGCUCAUCGGUGAUGUGCCAGCCAGUUGGAGCUCCUUCUUCCAAGCCUUAAGUUUGAUCUUCAAUCCCAGGGGCUCAUUGAGUGCGCCGCUCUCUCAACCAGCUGCAUCACGACCACUCGCGUUGGAUAUGUAUGCGUGUCAAAAUUUCAAGAUUGUUUUGAAUAUUGUACGUGCCACCGGCAUACCUGUGCGUAUACCAAGCUCCACGGAUAGCGAGAGUAAGGAACGCAGCAAUGACAGUCCAAAUAUGUUCGUGUCACAGAUUUACAAGUAUUCCAACGUGCGACCUUUCAUCGUCUUGAGUUAUAAGGAUAAAUUCUGUCGCUCUCUUACCGUUGAUGGCUCAAAUCCGACCUGGAAUGAGCAACUCAUUUUACAGCUAAGUGGCAGUUUGUCUGACCUACGCGACGAGCUCAAAAUCUCGCUCUUCGAUGAAGUGAUCGAGAAUCACAUGCAAGAUGAUCUCAGCGUGCGUAACAUGGACAUUUAUCAGCGCAUACAAACGAAUUGGCUGGGUGAAUAUCGCUUUCCUAUGCAUACAUUGCUGUCGCAACAGAAAUUUGAUGGCGUUAUUGAGCUUAACACACCGAAAGUGCUGUUGGGUUACAAACAGCCCACACUCGAGCACAUCGCCACGCAAGCGAACGUCAAUAUUCCUAUCGAACAAUUUCCGGAAAUAAAAGAGACUGUACGUCUUUGGUUUUACAUGAGCAUAGAGCCACAGGUGACACUGCCGCGCAUCAAUACCGCCAGCCUGGAAUGUGCCGAGCUGAAAGAUGUACGCCAUCAAUUACAACAAUGGUGUCUGCAAGCGCAGGAGCUGCGUCCACAUCGCUAUAUUGAACCGUUAGUUUGUACCACAGAGGGCAAACGUGUUUGUUUAACGCGUCUGCUGGAGCCAGUGCCCUUGCCACUAGAGCUUGCUGAGCAUAAAUUGGAGUUCGCUUGCCGUUAUGUCUCACUGCUCAAUGUGCUAAAGACCUACGAUCCCUGCAUGGCGUUCGAAGGUAUCUGGUUGAAUAAUCAAUGUGUAUUAGAUACAAAUUGGUGUUCGGUGAAGGAUCUUGGUGUGCUCUUAUGUAAUUUCCUGCUCGGCAUUGGCAUAAACUGUUGGCUAGUGCUCGGUUAUGCAACAGCUUAUGGCGAGUGCGCUUUUGUGUUGUAUAGAAGUGAAGAGGGUGAACUCUUACUCAUCGAUCCGUACACCGGUAAACGUUUUGGCACUAGAGAUGUCUUCUGUCCGCUAUACAAGACUUCCGUUGCUGUCACACAGACUAACUUAUACUACAACAUACAAUCCGAGACUCGCGCCACAAUGACUAAUUACAACUUCAAUGACACAUCCUGUUGGUUAAGCGCCUUCAGCAAGCGUAGUCCUGCGCCAUUGGGUGGCGUACAGAAACUGAAUUACACUUACCGGCUCUCUUUUAACACACACGAGCUAAAGCGCAAUAUUGAACGAAAAAUAAUGAAGAAAAUCAACUCGUGGCGUACCAUGCGAAAGACUAUUUGGAAUCGCGCUUUCCAAUCGCGUCUUCAAAGUAUACUUCAAGACCUAGAACAGCUCACUAUUUCCGGCCAUGGCUCAUACAUCGAAGCCAAAUACACAGAUCAAAUUGCAGCUGAGUUUCCGAACUAUAAGAUCUACGGCUAUGCACUUAACUUUCCCUAUACAAAUCUUACAACAAUUUCGGAGCGCAUCAAAUCAACGGGCAUACAUUUGAACUCGGACAAACGUGUUGAGUUCUGUUUGGCGACACACAUACACGUCUACCCAAAUGAUGUGCUAUCGGUGUGGAUCUUCAUGAUAUCGUUAAUACGCAAGAGUUAUUGAAUAAGAUUUAAUAAAACGUGAAAAUUUAUUAUUUGAUAGAAACCAAUAAAAAUAUAGCUACAUUUCUAUUUUUCAGAUAUCCUGCUACUGCUUUGCGCUACAAUAAUCAUAUUUUUAAUUACACUUAUACCUUGUGUUAAGCAUUACUUGCCUUUAUUGUACCCUAAGUAGGCUAAAAGAUUCAUCUGGAAGUAGCGUACAGCUGGAAAAGUUUUAAUAUAUUUGAUGCGAAUUAGUUUUAAGUAAGUGAUAUUUUAUAUCGAAAUGAAUAGAUAAAAAUAUAUUAUUUAAUUGUGCGAAUGUUAUUAUUAAUAUUUGACGGCGAGGCUUAUU